AUGACGAAUAAAAAAAUUCUAUGCAAUUCUGAAAGGGGGAAAGAUCCCUCGGAUAGAAUCAUUCGAUUAUAUUGACAAUUUCAAAAAACUGAUCAUACUAUGAUCAUAGUAUGAUGGCGGUUGGUCAAGCAGGCCCCCAUCGUCUAGUGGUUUAGGACAUCUCUCUUUCAAGGAGGCAGCGGGGAUUCGAAUUCCCCUGGGGGUAGGGUACUACGAAAGGAAGUUGAUCAUGGAUUACCAAUAAGUCUAAAAUUGA